UUGAGGCGGAGGAACAGGGACGGCGGGCCCACCACACCGUCGCUGAGGUCGGCAGGGUCACAGCCACCAAACGCCUCCUCCAGUGCCCGCCACGUCCCUCUGCUCCUGUUCAGCACAGUGGUUCCGUCAGCCCCAGGGUACCUCCCUCUGAUGACAGGCACCUCCACUGAGCUUUCAAACCAAGUCAUCGGAAGUUAACAUCUUCCCACCCGGCAGGGAAGGGGCGUUGGCAAGGAUUCAGCCCGCCGUUCCCCCUGCAGUCUUCUGGUGCCGGAAACGGGACCUCCGCCAUGACCGACACCGUGUUCAGCAGUGGCUCUAGCCGUUGGGUGUGUCCCAGUGACCGACCCCUUCAGUCCAAUGAUAAAGAACAGCUCCAGACGGGGUGGUCCGUCCACCCCAGUGGGCAGCCUGACAGACAGAGGAAGCAGGAAGAGUUGACAGAUGAGGAGAAGGAAAUUAUCAACAGGGUGAUCGCGAGGGCCGAGAAAAUGGAAGCAAUGGAGCAGGAGCGCAUCGGGCGCCUGGUGGACCGUCUGGAGAACAUGAGGAAGAACGUGGCUGGGGAUGGGGUGAACCGCUGCAUACUGUGUGGAGAGCAGCUGGGGGUGCCGGGCUCUGCCUGCGUGGUGUGUGAGGACUGUAAGAAGAACGUCUGCACCAAGUGUGGGGUGGAGACCUCCAACAACCGCCCGCACCCUGUGUGGCUCUGCAGAAUCUGCCUGGAGCAGAGGGAGGUGUGGAAGCGUUCUGGAGCCUGGUUCUUCAAGGGCUUCCCCAAGCAGGUCCUCCCCCAGCCGAUGCCCAUAAGGAAGACCAAGGCCCAGCAGCCCACCAGUGAGCCCGCCGGCCCUGAGCAGCCCGCCCCCGAGCCCACGCACACCGCCCGGGCUCCGCCUCGAGGUGACGCUGAAGACAGAAGGGCCCCAGGUCAGAAGCCAGGCCCCGAGCCAGCCUCUGCUCCUGGGCGAGGGAGCUACGGCCCACCCGUGCGCCGGGCCUCAGAGGCACGAAUGAGCUCAGCCAGCCGGGACUCAGAGGGCUGGGGCCAGGGCCACGGUGGGGCGGCAGGGGACUCCAGCCACAGCCCGGCAGGCUUGAGACGGGCCAACUCAGUCCAGGCCUCCAGACCAGCCCCAGCCUCAGUGCAGAGCCCGGUGCCUCCUCAACCUGGGCAGCCAGGGCCCCCAGGAGGCAGCAGACCCGGCCCUGGGCCAGCUGGACGCUUUCCUGACCAGAGACCAGAGGUGGCUCCCGGUGACCCCGGCUAUACAGGGGCCACUGCCCCACCCCGGGAGGACAGACCCGGAGGAGUCGGAGCCAGGGAGGACAGAGCGGGCCACCCGCCGGGCCCCUACUCCCACGUGUCUGCGGCUGCCCCCCAGCCUGCCGCCACCCCCGCCCGCCAGCCCCCACCCCCGGAGGAGGAUGAGGAAGAAGCCAACAGCUACGAUUCAGAUGAAGCAACCACCCUGGGUGCCCUGGAGUUCAGCCUCCUCUACGACCAGGAUAACAGCUCCCUGAACUGCACCAUCAUAAAGGCCAAGGGACUGAAGCCCAUGGACUCCAACGGCUUGGCCGAUCCCUACGUUAAGCUGCACCUCCUGCCGGGAGCCAGCAAGUCCAACAAGCUCCGGACAAAAACCCUGCGCAACACCCGGAACCCCAUCUGGAACGAGACUCUCGUCUACCACGGCAUCACAGACGAGGACAUGCAGAGGAAGACCCUCAGGAUCUCUGUCUGCGAUGAGGACAAGUUUGGCCACAACGAGUUUAUCGGCGAGACCAGGUUCUCUCUCAAGAAGCUGAAGCCCAACCAAAGGAAGAACUUCAAUAUCUGUCUGGAGCGGGUCAUCCCGAUGAAGCGCGCCGGGACCACCGGGUCCGCCCGAGGCAUGGCCCUCUAUGAGGAGGAGCAGGUGGAGCGCAUUGGUGACAUAGAGGAGCGUGGCAAGAUCCUGGUGUCCCUCAUGUACAGCACACAGCAGGGGGGCCUCAUCGUGGGCAUCAUUCGUUGCGUGCACCUGGCCGCCAUGGAUGCCAAUGGCUACUCAGAUCCUUUCGUCAAGCUCUGGCUGAAACCAGACAUGGGAAAGAAGGCCAAACACAAGACACAAAUUAAGAAGAAAACCUUGAAUCCUGAAUUUAAUGAGGAGUUCUUCUAUGAUAUCAAACACAGUGACCUGGCCAAGAAGUCCCUGGACAUCUCGGUCUGGGACUAUGACAUCGGCAAGUCCAACGAUUACAUCGGAGGCUGCCAGCUGGGCAUCUCGGCCAAGGGAGAGCGCUUAAAACACUGGUACGAGUGUCUGAAAAACAAGGAUAAGAAGAUCGAGCGCUGGCACCAGCUGCAGAACGAGAACCACGUGUCGAGCGAUUAGGGUGGUGCCCAGGCCAGACCAGCAGAACCUGAAAUUCCACUGAGACCCUAGCUCUUCAGGCCACCCACUUCUCCUGUUGGCACCUCCAGGUGGCUGCCCCGGGUGCCUGGCAGCAUCCUGCAGGCUGUGUAGACACCCCACAGAGGGGCUUUCUCGGCCCCGGGCCUCCCCAAGUGCACGCAGAAGGUAUCUGGAAACCCAAGCUCUGGGCCCGAGGCGGGCCUCGCCAGGGCCCGCAGCACUGGGUUUCUCCUUCCUCUGCUCUUAGUUUAAUGAACCCACAACUCCUAUCCAUGAUGCUCUGACUGUCCCCUCGCUCCGAGUCUCACUCAGAAUAGCCUCAAACCUAUCUGUCUCCAUCUGUCGGUCUGUCUCUGCCCCUUCCACCCUCUCCACCAGGUGUAUCGGAAGAAUACAACCCCAGCAUCGCAGAUCUAGAACUUAGAGCCUGAUGCUAACAGCUCUUAGUCCGUCAGGAAUCAUCCAGCCUUUU